AUGCUGCGGGCGUGUGCGCAAGGCGACGCGGAUGAGGUGGCACGGCUACUUGCGUUGCAGCCGCUUUCUGCGCUGGCGCGGAGCGAGGCAGGCGAGACGGCAGCGCACGUGGCGGCGCGGGAAGGACAGGCGGCGGUGCUGGAGAUUCUGCUGGGCAAUGGAACGGCAGCCGGUGGGGCGGAUCCGUGCGCACGAACGCAUCCUGAUCUACGGACCCCGCUGCUGGUGGCGGUGUAUGGUGGCCAUCGUGCGGCGGUGGCGGUCCUGCUCGCCCGGACCGAGGCGCUGCAUGCUCAGGACGCGUCGGGCGCGUCAGCGCUGCACGCCGCCAUCGCCUGUGGCGAGGCCGACAUUGCCGAGAUGGUGUUGGCGGCGGCGGUGGCAGAGGGCGAGGAGGCGGUGCGAACGGCGGUGGCAAGUCGAACGUGGGCCGGCGCCAUUCCGCUUCAUGCUGCGGCACUGCAGGGCGCUGCAGAGGUGGUGACGACUCUGGUGGAUGCUGCAGCUGGCGUCGACGGCGCCCUCGUCGAAGAGAUGCUGGCUGGACGGACAAAGGGUGGCGCUACCGCGCUCAUGCUUGCGGUGCUCGCUGGGAGCACUCAUGCGGUGGAUGUCCUGCUGACAGCAGGCUCUGACAAGAUGGUGGCGAUGCGAGCAAAGGAGUCUGGCGCCAACGCGCUGCACUUUGCUGCGGUCUGCGGCGACGCCACCAUCUUUGCUGCACUCCUGCGGCGGGCGCCGGGGCUGGCUAGCAGCUACUCGCGGCAUGGGCUGACGCCGGUUCAUGUCGCAGCCGCCCAUGGCCAUCACCAGCUUGUGGCGGUUCUCGUGGACGAGCUUGAUGGCGACGAGCUGGCUACGGUGCUGGCGCAGCCUGGCCUGACGCCGGAAGACGUAGCGCGGCUGUUUGGCAAGGAGCAGGUCAUCCGUGCGCUUGAUGAGGCAGCGUGA